AUGGCUGAAGAAUUCACAGAAGAAAUAGCGACGAUUAACAAAAGGUUACUGGAACCAGUGCCCUUUGCAAGGACAAACAAUUGCAUAAAGGAUGUAGAUGCAGAAUUGUUUAUUAAUUCGUAUGCAAACUACUUAAAGCUGCAUAACAAAAUAAUCUUUCCAAAAUGGUGUAAUUUUGUAAAAACAGGGAAAGGUAGAAAACUGGCCCCUUUAAAUGAAGAUUGGUAUUAUAUUAAAGCAUCAAGUAUUUUAAGGAGACUAUAUUUACAUCCAGAUAUUGGUGUAGGUUUUUUAAGAAGACAAUUUAGCUACAAGCAACGAAGAGGAGUAGCACCUAAUCAUACUAGUUUAGCUGGUGGUAAAAUUUUAAGAUCUAUUUUACAGCAGUUAGAAAGCUUAGGAUAUGUAGAACAAAACCCCAAAAAAAAAGGAAGAAGAUUAACGACAAAAGGUGAAAACGCUAUUAACAAUUUUGCAAGGUAUAUUAACAAGAAAGUGUACAAUAUGGAAAAGGUUUGA